AUGAAUAAAUUUCGUCCAUUUAUCUCGGGAACAAAGAGUGAUGAUGUUCCCGACUGUUACAAUCGAGUUCGAUAUAUUCGAGAUGCUUGUAAAGUUUUAUCUGAUGUUUAUAAAACAGAUAAAGAUUUUUUAAAUAAAAAUUUUGAUAAUGAAAUUGCGAAAGCAUUUAAAGAUUUUCGUUCGAGUGAAGUGGGAAAAAAUUAUCGUUCUCCUUAUGGUUCAAAUGGUGCUCCAUCAAUUUUAAAUCGAACUAUCGAUGAAUUAGUUCAAAUUCAUGAUUUUAUCGAUUCAAAACGAAAAGAAUCUCUUGAACAAAUUAAAAAACUCAUCGAACAAGCAAAAGAUAAACAAUCGAAUAUUCGUCAAACAAUGACUGAAGUGAAAGAAAACUAUGAAAAAGCACAAAGACGUUUAGAAACCGCCGAUACGAAUUUAAAAAAGUUUCAAACUCGAUCUGAUCGUUAUCAAUUAGCGAAUUAUGAUGAACGUUCUACUGAAUUAGAAGAUAUUCGAAAUGAAUGUGAACAAACACGAACAUUAACACGCGAUAUUUAUGUUACUGAAAUCUAUAAAAUUGCAAGUGAAGAACAUUUCAUUACUCAAAAUCUUUUUUCUCAAUAUUUAUUCGAACAAAAUCAUUUUUAUAAUGACAUUUGCAAACAUUUAUCUUCAAGAAUUCCAAUAAUUGAACAAAGAUUAGAAGAUGAUGAUUUAACUCCAUCAUUUCAAUUCGAUUUAAUAAAACAUUGUUCAAAACGUUGUGAUACGAUCAUUGCUUAUCCAAUUGAAAUUUCCAUUCGUUUAUUGGAAAAUUCUCUUCGUGAAGAAGGUCUCUUUCGAAUUGCACCUGCACAUAAUAAACAAAAGAAAUUUGUUGCUGAACUCGAUCUUCAAUUAAUUGAACGAAGUUCAACGUUAAAUGAACUUGGUUAUGAUCCACAUGUUCCUGCAAAUACACUCAAACAAUAUUUAAGAGGACUUCCCAAUUGUUUACUCACAUCGACACUCUUCGACCAAUGGAAUCAAAUUCCACAAUUGAAUAAUGAACAAUUACGUCUCGAAAGAAUUUCUCAAUUGUUGAAACAAUUACCGAAAAUUCAUUAUGAAAAUCUCAAUUAUUUAGUUCGUUUUUUAACACGUGUUGCAGAAUAUUCAUCGGAAAAUAAAAUGAAUGCAGCUAAUUUAGGUAUUUGUAUUGGAUGUAGUAUUUUAUAUCCAAAAGAUCAAUCAUCAAAUACUUAUACAAGUGGAUCAAUGAUUCUUGAAUUAAUGAUUAAUUAUUAUAAACAAUUAUUUGUUUAUUCAUCUCAACAAGAACAAAUCAAUAAAUCAACAUUGAAAUCUCAACCUGAUCUCAUUCCAAUGGAAUUUCAUUCGAAAAGUCGAAGUAAUUCAAAUGAAAAUUUAUUAGAAAAUCCCGUUUUAUCUGUUCAACCAUCACCUGGAGCGCGUCGAAAGAAUAAAGCUCCACCUCCUCCUCCCUCAUCUCAACAAGUUUAUCAAGAAGAGAAUUAUGCCGAACAGAUUAUCAAUCAAAAUCCAUCAGUUGUAAGUUCAUCAAGUUUCACUCCGAAUGAUAAAGUUCAUCGACGAACGCCAAGUGAUGGAAUUCAAUUAGAUCGUCCGAAUGCUCCACCGCCAUUACCACCGCCUGUUGUUGUUGUUGCUUCACCUGUCAUUCGAUCAAAAGAAAGACUUUCAAUUCCAUUACAAACGAAUAGUAAUUAUUCAACUAAUGAGCAAACAACAUGUAAUGAAGAGAAAUCAAAUGAAAAUGAUACAGUUAAUGUUGGAAAAUUAAUUUCCGAAUUAAAUAAUCGAAUGGCUGCAGCAAAGUUAAAUAAUAAUACUCAAACAAAUAAUGUUCGCGUUUCAUCUAUUCGAAAUAGCACUUUGAAUUCACCUGGAGAAACAACGGAUUUCUAG